AUGGACAUCACUACAGUUGUGGCCUCUGAGAGCACGCACUGUCGCCUCUGGUACUCCAUGACUCAGGCUUCGCUGGGCUUGGAUGUCCUAGCUCACAAAUUGCCAGCAACACCCAAAUUUUAUUAUUGGUUCCUUUUAGAUGAGAAAAGUGGUUCUUCUGAUGGAGAAACUGACUCUCUUUCCAACAAGCAACUGAAAGCACAUAGUCAUUCUUGCAAAACCUGUGGGAAGAACUUCAUCUUGAAGGGCAAUUUAAGGAGACAUGAAAGAAACCACACAGAGCAAAACCUAUACACCUGCAAGACAUGUGGGAGCAGCUUUUUUACCUCAAAAGAGAGGAAACAUCAUUCAAGAGUGCACAGGCCAAAGAAGGAGUUCCACUGUGAGCAGUGCGGGAAGGUGGCUUUGUCUUCUUCUAACCUGAAAGUUCACUUAAAGACACACAGUGGUGAAAAGCCUUUCCACUGCAAUGAGUGUGAUAAGUAUUUCACCUCCAAAGGAAGUCUUGUUGAUCAUAAGAGAAUACACACGGGGGAGAAACCAUUUAAGUGUCCUCACUGUGAGAAGAGAUUCAACUACAUAUCCGCUUUAAAGCAACACGCACAUUUGCACACCAAUGAGAGGCCAUUUCAGUGCAGUGAAUGUGGGAAAACUUUUAAACAGCCAGCUGCUCUGGUGUCACACAAAAAAUUGCACUCUGAGAAACAACAUCAAUGUUCACACUGUGAUAAACUUUUCCGUCAGAAAUCUCAUCUGAUAGUCCAUGAGAGAAUGCACUCUGGAGAGAAACCUUACCUCUGCUCUCACUGUGGAAAGAGAUUUUCAGAUCAAUCUCAUUUCAGAGCUCAUCAGAGAGUGCACACUGGAGAAAAGCCUUAUGCAUGUAGUGUUUGUGGGAAGGCUUUCCGUCAACACAAUAAUUUAGUACUUCACCAGAGAAUUCAUACUGGAGAAAGACCUUUCAAAUGCACUCAGUGUGACAAAACAUUUGCUCGACCGGAUGUCCUGAAAACCCAUCAGAGAGUGCAUACAGGAGAGAAACCUUACAGCUGCUCUAUCUGCGGGGAAAGAUUCACUUAUUUAGGAAGUUGUCAGGCUCACCAGAAGAAACAUGCUAAAGAACAAACUGCUCUUGAAUCAUCAUCAUAAUGUGUUUUCACAGCUUUAUUGUUAAAAAGUAGCAGUACAUUGCACUCUCACUGGCAGUAGGGGGCAGCAUCACAUGAACCUCUCAUGUGGAUUCAGAGUAGAGACGAAAGUUAUGUUGCAGUUUUAGUAACGAUAUGAUUUAAUCAAGGGGUCAGAGUUUGGUUGAUGUAGUAGAUGUGUAUUAUUUUAUAGUAGAUGUUUGCCAGUGAAUGUUUAUUUUUUGACCAGCUUACGGAAAGGACUUAUCACAGUUUGCUGUCUUUGAUGUCAUAACACAUGAUACCCAGAAAGCACACAUACAUCUCCAAGAUGUCUGUUUAAAAGUGUUUCAUCUAAAUAACAUAUAUUAAAAAUGCUCAUCCAACUCCUAUACAACAUGAUACAUUUGGAUGCAAUUUUUUUACUGCCAUCCAAAGACAUCUUUUUCCAGUGAAAAAAAUGGACAGCCAUUGAAUAUAAUGAAACAAAGUAACAGAUAAUUAAAUUAAUAAAUAAUUGAGGUUCUCAUUGCUAUUUUGGAGCUUUGUUGAAACAGUAUGUUGUACAAAGAUUCAUAAAAGGUUUUUGAUAACAUCUUGGUAAAAGACUACACUAAAUAUAAUUUGAAAAAAAUAAUUAAGCUUUAUGUCAGGCUCUUCUGAAA